AUGGAUCAGAAGGAGAAGGACCAUGACCCCCCAGCUGCCCCAGAGGAGGAGCCCAGUGCAAGUCCAAAGCCAAAGAGUGACUCCAGUGAGGAGCAGGAGAAGAUCCCCAUCCAGAGCCCGCCACAUGAAGGUGCUGCUUCUCUUCUGGGCUCAGAAGGAACAGGUAUCAUCCAGAAUAUCCAACUGGAGAACUUUAUGUGCCAUGCCAUGCUCGGACCAGUGAAAUUUGGAUCCAACGUCAAUUUUGUGGUGGGACACAGAGGCAAGAGUGCACUGCUGACCGCCCUAGUACUUGGGCUUGGUGGAAAAUCAUUAGGAUCGUCCUUGGGACUGUUUGUGAAAGAUGGAGAGACUUCAGCCAGCAUCUCCAUUACAUUAUGCAACACCGGGGACCGUGCUUUCAAAUCUGAAUUGUACGGGGACUCAAUAACCGUGCAGCGAUGCAUCAGUGUCAGUGGAACUACAAGUUACAAGCUAAAAGACCAAGCGAGAAAUGUGGUUUCUUCUCAGGAAACAGAGCUCACAGCCAUGCUUGAUCAUUUUCGAAUCCAGGUGGAUAAUCCAGCAACUAUUUUACAGCAAGAGAUGGGCAGGCAGUUUUUUCAGAUCAGACAUGAUGGUGACAGAUACAGAUUCUUUCUCAAGACGACUGGACUUGAACAGAAGCUAGCUGAGCACUCCGAAAUUUUGCAGAGAAAAGCCAAAAGUCAGCGUGAGAUAGACCAAAAAAAGGAACAGCUCGAGAAGCUUAAAAAUCAGGGCAUAGCAAUAGAGAACCAUAUUCAGAAGAUGGUUACCUUGAAGGAGAAUCUAGAAGACUUAAAACACGAAAUGGCUUGGGCACUGGUGAGUGAAAGCGAAAAAGAUCUUGAUGAUAUGAUUAGUGAUGUAAAUGCUGGAGAUGAAGUGACUGUUAAAUUAAAUGAGAAACUGGAAGCCUCCAAGGCCAGUUUUAAUGAAACAGAGAAGCAGUAUAAAACCAUUUGUGAGAACCUGCAAAAGUUAAAGGAAGAAGCUGCUGCGUUAGAGCCCAAACGCAUUGAGGCAAAAGAAGAAACCAAGAGCACAGACAAAGCCUAUUAUCAAGCGGAGGCUUUCUAUAAGUCUUCCCAGAGUGAGUUGGACAAUUUGGAAAAAAUUGCAGAACUGCUCCGGAACAAAAUUGAAGACCAGAAAAAGUGUGAAGCUAUAGAAAAAGGUGGCAAAAAAUGUUCUCAAAUUAAAAAAGAAGAGUCAGAUGUGCAACAAACUCUGCAUCAGCAACAGCAACAGCUAACCCAAUGGAAAGAGUAUAAAUCAGACCCACUCAAACGAUUUGGACCACAGAUCCCGGCUCUUCUGGAAGCAGUAGAUGAUGCCCACAGACAAGGGAGCUUUACCUUUAAGCCGAUCGGUCCGCUGGGAGCUUGUAUUCGUCUCCGAGAUCCUGAAUUUGCUCUGGCUAUUGAGUCCUGCUUAAAGGACCUUCUCCUUGCCUUUUUUUGUGACAACCACAAAGAUGAGCAAAUCCUUCAAGAGCUGAUGAAAAGAUUUUAUUCUUUAGACUCUCCACAACCACAGAUAAUCGUCUCAGCAUUUGAAUGUGAGAUGUAUGAUGUGACAGACAGAGCAGCCUGUCACCCAGAAUUUCCAACUGUUCUCACAGCUUUAGAAAUAGACAAUACAGUGGUGGCCAAUACUUUGAUCGAUAUGAGAGGCAUCGAGUCAGUGCUGCUUAUUAAGAGUAACUCUUUGGCCCGUGAAGUGAUGCAAGAUCAGGACCCCCCCAAGAACUGUAGUAAAGUUUUAACUGCCUGUGGUGAUGAAGUAUUUGAACAAUGCUAUUACUCAUGUGAAGAAUCAAGACCUACUUACUUGGGUGACGUGGAAACAGAAAUCAGACAUCUGGAGAAAGAAAUUGACAUUAAAACGGCACAGCUGCUAGCCUUUCAGCAACAGACAUCUUUACUUGAAGCAGAUGUCAGGAAGAAUCAAGAAACUAUUGAUCAUCAUUAUCAGCAUCUAAAAGAAACAAAGAUAGGAGUAGUCAUUAUGACUUUAGAAAUAAAAGAUCUUGAGGAAGAAGAUACAAGUCAAUCGAUUGGUCUCUCAGUUCUAAAAGAGGAUGCUCAAGAAACUAAAGAAGAGAUGAAAGAGAUUGAGGGGAAGAUGAAAGCUCAAAAGGAAAAGAUGGAGAAUUUAAGGCAAUUGAAAAUAGAUGCUGAACAGAGAUAUAAUGACUUUAAAUUGAAAUGUAACCAAGUUUCAGAAGGAAUAGAAUCCCUAACGGAAGAAGAAAAUCAGACUGCUUUAGAAAUGAACACCAAGCGUCAGUCUGUGUUGCAUUAUGAAGAAAGGCUCGAGCAACACCUGAACUUUCUCCAAGUGAAAAAAGAAGAGCUGGCCCUGAAAAAGACAGAACUUGAGAAGGAGAUUUCUCUGGCCAAACGCGUCUGCUCCGAACGGAAAGAAGUUACCAAAUCUGCAUCUGAUCUUGACAUAGAAAUUAGUGGGUUAAGAAAGGCUAUCCAAACUGAAAGCUAUAGUCAUGGAAGCCAAGAGGAAGCCAUUGCCAUCACCCUGCUGCCAUGUCCCCAGCAUACGGUAGCCAUGUGA